AUGACUGAAAACAUAGAAUAUUACAUGAACCAAAUAGUUUCAGCAAGAACAGAAAUAAAAAAUUUAAGGCAACGACUGUCUGCUUUGAAACAUGAACAUGCUAAAGAAUUAAAAGGUAUAAAGACCAUUUUAAACGGCCUCCGUUGUACCGAGUGCGCUGCUAAAGCAACAACAAUAAUCAACGACAGUCUUGAAGACCAACCAUCUACAUCUGAUAGUACUGGCUUAAUAACUUUCCAACCAAUUGGGUAUAUUGAAACCUCCUUUGGGAACAAGCGUGCUGUGCCAAGGCAACCCUCAGUGCUAGCAAAGUCAAAGGGCAUAAUCAUCAUUAAUACCAAUGUGUUUACUAACCCAGAUCAUGCUAUGAGCGGCUUAGAAGAAUUCUCUCAUAUGUGGAUAAUAUUUCAUUGUCAUGCGACCGAGAGCACAAACGUACCGGCCAAAGUCACGCCACCCCGGCUUUGUGGGGAGCGACGAGGGGUAUUUUCUACCAGGUCACCACACAGACCUUGCCCUAUUGGACUUUCUCUUGUGAAGAUAUCCAGCAUUGAAGGCAAUAAAAUUUACUUUGAGGGAGUGGACAUGGUAAAUGGAACUCCUGUGUUAGAUAUAAAACCGUACAUUCCGCAUUAUGAUUGCCCAGCACCGUUCGUGGACGCAGCAAUGUCUUUAGUACGGCCGCCGACAGAGGGCAUCAGUGACGCGGUGGAUGGUUUGGCGUCGCUGCGAAUAGGCGAUGACAAUUUCAGCGUUGGAAGUUUAAGUCCGCGUGUAACGAACCCGAUGGGGAUGCCAUCGGAAAGUCAUUCGCCUUAUGAUGAUGAAACCUCUCCAGACCGACAAAGCGAUCCCACAACUCCGAUCUCACCAUCACCCGAUUCUCAUUCCAGUGUUGAUAUGUCGGAUGCAACCUUUCAGAACAGAUCCCCUUUGAGGCGUCCAGAAACAGAAAGAGGGGCACCGGACGGGCAAGAAAGGUUUACCCCACCACAAUUAGCCCAUAUCCAUAACACAAACCAUGAUGGCGUAAGAGUAGCGUCUUGGAUUUCUAAUCCGCCAUCACAGACAUAUGAAGUUAGAUUUACAGAAGAAGCUUUUCAUAGACUUAAUGAUCUAAUUGGAGAAAGGGCUCAAUCUUUUAAAAGUAACAUUGAAAGUCUGUUAUCCGAAGAUCCGAGAUCUCUUUACGUCAGAAGUAGAUACCCUGACCACGAGUACAGUUGUGUGUUGGAAGAUUUGUCUAUUAGUUGUGUGUUUGAUUCUGCGACCUCUAUGUGCACAAUCAUAGCUGUGAGAAAUGCGGAUGAGUUACAGCAGUCAUAG